AUGCGCCUGUUUCCAGUCCGAUUCUCAGCCGCCUCCUCGUCGAUGGCGAGUUUGGCCAAAAUGCUCGACUUUUACUCGGGCUUCAACCCCUCGCCCCUCUCGAUAAAGCAGUUCAUGGACUUUGGUCAGAAUGCUUGCGAGAAGAAAUCGUACAUAUUCCUGCGCAAGGAACUCCCUGUUCGACUGGCGAAUAUCAUGAAGGAGAUCGCCCUUCUGCCGGACAACCUGCUGCACACCAGAUCCGUAAGCGAAGUUAGUUCCUGGUACGUCAAGAGUUUCGAGGAUGUGCUGGUGUACGAGAAAGCAGAGCCCACCCACGACAAUCUGCAAAAGUUUGUGGCCGAUUUGGAUCUCAUUAGGAAUCGUCACAACGAUGUGGUGCAAACGAUGGCCCAGGGUGUGAUCGAAAUGAAGGAGAACGAGGGCGGCCAGGUGGAUGCGCCCACAGAGAGUUCCAUUCAGUACUUUCUCGACAGGCUCUACAUGUCUCGCAUCAGCAUUCGAAUGCUGAUAAAUCAGCACACCCUUCUCUUUGGCGGAAAUCCACAUGCGGGUGGCCGCCACAUUGGUUGCCUGGAUCCCGCCUGUGAUCUCUCGGAUGUGGUUCGCGAUGCCUACGAGAAUGCGCGAUUCCUGUGCGAUCAGUACUACCUGACCACUCCGCCGCUGGAGAUCCAGCAGCACAGCAGCGAGCCUGGAGACAACCUGCCCAUCCGCACCGUGUACGUGCCCUCGCACCUGUACUACAUGCUUUUCGAGCUCUUUAAGAACUCUAUGCGUGCUGUUGUGGAGCACCAUGGCCAUGACAACAAUGACACAUUGCCCCCCUUGAAAGUAGCCAUCUGCAAGGGCAAGGAGGACAUCUGCGUGAAAAUUUCUGACCAGGGCGGCGGCAUUCCCCGCUCCCAGACCGAUCAGCUCUUCAAAUAUAUGUACAGCACAGCGCCGCAGCCCUCGAAGUCGGAUCUGCACACGGUGCCACUAGCGGGCUAUGGAUACGGUCUGCCGAUCUCAAGGCUUUAUGCCCGCUAUUUCCACGGCGACAUUGUGCUGCUGUCCUGCGAGGGAUUUGGCACAGAUGCAAUCAUCUAUCUAAAGGCUCUGUCCGACGAAGCAAACGAAUUGCUGCCGAUCUUCAACAAGACAAGCUCAAAGUUCUAUCGCGCCACCGUGCCCACGGGUGACUGGUCGAAUCAGAGCUCCGAUAUGAACGCACGCCAGUUGUCGGCCACCACACCCAAGCGCUGCGACUUUCUCCAGGACGCAUGAAGGAGGUGCUCCAGCAAGUGCUACUCAGGUUAAGCAAAGAGGACUAUUCAGGAAACAACUGUUGGAUAUUGAAUCACGAUAUAUAUCACUAGCCCUAGGCAAACAUUCCCAAACUGCAGCAGCAACGGAAGCAACUCAUAUUUGUAUUCAUGGCAGUUACGUGUAGUUAUCGUGUUGUUAUUUGAAAUAAAACGGAUGCAUGACAACAACGGCAGUUUGUUAAAGAUCAAA